AUGGUCACAGAGUAUUUUGAGGCUGAGGAUUUGGCUUCUCAGGCCCAGCAAUCUUUGAAUGAGGCCAGUAAGGAUCUAGCUCAAUUGGCCAACUAUUGUGAGAACAAGUACAAGGAGGGCUUGGAGCCAAAGAAAAGUACCCAAGAGUUUCCAUCCGGGCGAAAAAUUCAUGGCGGGGAAUCCAUUCAACAGACUGCCGAAUUUGCCAUUCAAGCUUUAAGUGCCAUCAGUGUGAACGUUCGGGUUUUAGCCGACGAUUUCAUGUCCAAAAUGGCUGUUGUCGAGCAAGAUUUAGACUACUUAACCUCUGAGAUUGGCUGGAUGUCCCUGCAAAUCGAGUUUGGGGAAGAGCGCAUGGCCAGAAGACAAAUUCGCCGACUUUGCCAAAAGAAGCAGUUGCAAGAGAGCCACUCGGCCGUUUCCAAGGUCCCCUCCCCGAAAUUGAAGCCUUAUGCCAAGACCGUCCUCGAUGUGUCGACCUUGGACUCAAUUGGUGCCAAUGGUGUAAAGAAGCCGAAGCUUCGUUUGUCGAUUAAAAAGCCAAGCUUUGAUGAGAAACCCGAAAUGAAAACCUUACAUCGGUCAUAUACGGCUACUUUGGGCAGAAACAUGUCCCGCGCCAGCGCACUCACUGCUUCAACAGCCACUUUGAAUCGGAUGAAAAUGCCGGCUAUGCCUAAAAUCCCUGCCUCGCCCAAAGAGCCAUCAAUUGACGAAACCAAGACACAGGAGAAAAAUGAUGAAUACCUUGAUCUUAGCUCAAAAUCAGAUCAAGGACGACGGCUGAGCCUUUUGCCACCAAUGCCAGAUGAGGUGAUUGAGUCGGGCGACGUCUCUUCGUCUUCAGACGAUUACGGCUCGGAUGGGAACGAGGAACUUGACGAUCCUUUGCCCACACCCCCGGCACCCCCUGGGGCCAUUAAGCUUGAGGCUCAUUUGAAACAAUCUACUAUUCGGGAACAACCGGACGAGAUCAACUUUGACCGGGACUUAUCUUUGCUUCUCCAUGAUAUGGAUGACAUUUACGCUGAUAUCAACUCUGAGUUGAAUCAAUUGGAUGAGGCCAAGACUUCGGUUACUGAGUAUACCACGUGAUCUAUAAGCGUUUAGGGGAACAUACAUGUAUAUAUAUAAUAGCUUUACGUGAUACAUAAAGAGGACUGCAUGUACAGGUAAUAAGGCAUCCUGAAUAAACUUGCACCCUACGGA